UGACAUUCCACCGAGAAAAGUUGAAACUUCAACUCUCUCAGCCUCGACCUAUUUCUAGACUUAUCGUAUCUCUACAAUUACAUUUCUCUCUUCCAUCUUUUCUGUUCUUGUCUCCUUCCUAGGAAUCCCCCAUUCCGACACGAACCCCUAAAGAGAUAAGAGUAAAAAGAAAUGGAUGGAGGGCCCGUUAAGGAAUUAAAUGGUGAUUCAAAAGCCGAUGAUGCGUUUGACGCAACGAUAGAGGAGCUAUGCAAGAACCUCUACGAGUUGCAGAGUUCUACUAAUCAUUCUCCUUCAAGGCAGAGCUUUGGAUCAUACGGUGAUGAUGAGGAGUCAAAGAUUGAUUCUGAUCUACAACAUCUUGCUUUAGGAGAGACGCCUGAUUUAGACAUCACUGAAGAUGAAAAAGAAGAGGAGGAGGAAGACCAAGUUGCAAAGCCAGAAGAGUUUAAUACGGUGAGACCAGCAAGUGCUGCUAAGUCAAGCUCCUCUGAGGUCAUGCCUAAAGAUACGGAGAAACAAGUUGUUAAGAAGAAUGUCAUCAACAGAUCUAACGUUGGAUUUGGCAAGGCCACGAGGAAGAAGAAGGUUGGAACUGAAGAACCAUCAUCCGAGAAUGUGGAGCUGGCACGUUUCUUACUGAACCAAGCGAGAAACUUGAUUAGUUCUGGUGAGAGUAUCAACAAAGCUCUAGAGUUAUCUCUUCGAGCAGCUAAGUUGUUUGAGGCUUCUGCAAAUAAAGGGAAACCCUGUUUGGAAUGGAUAAUGUGUCUGCACGUUACAGCAGCUAUCCAUUGCAAAUUAAAGGAGUACAACGAGGCUAUACCAGUUCUGAAGCGAUCCAUUGAGAUGACAGCUGUGGAAGAAGGUGAAGGGCAUGCACUAGCCAAGUUCGCUGGUCUGAUGCAGUUAGGUGACACUUAUGCUAUGGUGGGACAGCUAGAGAACUCAGUAUCUUGUUACACCGAGGGAUUGAAAAUCCAGAAGAAGGUUUUGGGAGAUAAUGAUCCAAGAGUUGGUGAGACAUGCAGAUACUUAGCAGAGGCUCUUGUACAAGCACUACGUUUCGACGAAGCUGAGAAAGUUUGUCAAACAGCUCUCUCUAUCCAUAGAGAAAACGGUUUGCCAGGUUCAAUCUCAGAGGCUGCAGAUAGAAGACUGAUGGGUCUUAUAAGUGAGACUAAAGGAGAUCACGAGAACGCUCUUGAGCAUUUGGUGUUAGCCAGCAUGGCCAUGGCAGCAAAUGGACAAGAGUCUGAGGUUGCUUUUGUUGACACCAGCAUUGGUGACUCAUACUUGUCUUUGUCUCGUUACGACGAAGCUAUCUGUGCGUACCAGAAGUCUCUCACGGCGUUGAAGGCAGCAAAGGGAGAGAACCAUCCAUCUGUGGGUUCGGUUUACAUCCGUUUAGCUGAUCUCUAUAACCGAACAGGGAAAGUGAGAGAAGCAAAGUCUUACUGUGACAACGCUCUACGGAUAUACGAGUCACAUAGCCUAGAGAUCUCUCCUGAGGAGAUUGCUAGUGGUCUUACUGAUAUCUCUGUGAUUUGUGAGUCUAUGAACGAGGUGGAACAAGCUGUGACAUUGCUGCAAAAGGCUUUGAAGAUAUACGCUGAUGCUCCUGGUCAGAAGAUGAUGAUUGCAGGUAUUGAAGCUCAAAUGGGAGUGAUGUACUAUAUGAUGGGGAAGUACUUAGACUCAUACAACACGUUUAAGAGCGCUGUCUCAAAGCUACGUGGGACAGGGAAGAAACAAUCAACGUUUUUCGGGAUUGCACUUAACCAAAUGGGUCUAGCUUGCAUUCAGCUCAACGCAAUAGAAGAGGCUGUUGAGUUGUUUGAAGAAGCUAAAUGUGUUUUAGAACAAGAAUGUGGUCCUUAUCAUCCUGAAACCCUUGGUGUGUACAACAACCUUGCAGGAGCUUAUGAUGCAAUUGGCAGGUUGGAGGAUGCGAUUGAGCUGCUAGGACAUGUGGUUGGGGCUAGGGAAGAGAAGCUGGGGACAGCGAACGUUGAUACAGAAGAGGAGAAGACAAGGUUGGUCCAGCUUUUGAAAGAAGCUGGUAAGGUUACAGGAAGGAAAGCUAAGUCUCUCCAGACUCUAAUUGAUUCUGAUCUCAUGACUUCUUCAGCUCUUCGUUAACACAUAAUAUGUUUCUUUUAAUUGAUAAAAAAAUGUGCAUACACUAUUUUUUUAAUAUAUCAUUUGUGAUUAUGUUUUGUGGAAGUUCAUUGUUUUAAUCCGGGUGUAUUCUGGAUAACAGUCUCACGUAUUUGUUUUAAUUGUUGAAUGAAAAAUAUUAUUACCACAUUUAGACAUCAUUUAAACUCAUAAGGAAGAA